AUGGCAACAUGGUUGGUUGACAAAAUGAUGGAUGCGAUCAUCGACUCUUGCUUUCAGUACCUUCAAGAUCGGAUCGGAUCGCAGACGAGCGUGGAGGAGGAGCUGGAUAGGCUGCGAGGGGACCGGGCGAAGAGGGGGGCUUUUGAUGAUGCAAAUGAUUUGCUCGAGGAGUUUGAGUACUUGGGGCUUAAAGAGCAGCUAGCCAGACCCAACGUGGAAAAAACUGAAUCAAAAAAAAAAAAACGACACUUCAUCUUUCGGUUACUUUCGGAAUUGGCUCUCAAAUUUCGCAAAGUUGGGGAUGGUGUUCUCAAAGAUGAUCCCAACUUGAAGAGAUUGAAGGAGGUUGUGCAGAAUCUCGAUAAAGUUUCGGCUGAGGUGAGUAAUUUUUUUCAAAUUUUAAAAUACACAGAAGAGAAAAGGCAGCAGCCGGCUUCCGACGAUCGUGAAAGGGGAUCCUCUCCUGGACCUGUUUUCAUCGGUCGAGGUAAGGAAAAAGCUAAAGUUAUGAAGUGGUUGGAGAAGCCAUCAAAUCAAGAUCCAAGUGACACAGAUUUAUACAACAACAUUUCUCUUUUGUCUAUAGUGGGUCAUGGUGGUAUGGGGAAGACGACUCUCCUGCAACAUGUCUUUGAACAUGUGAACGAGGAAUUUGAUGUUAAGAUUUGGGUGUGUGUUUCCAACAACUUUAAAGAGGAAGAAGUCAUUACUGAUAUGUUGAAAUAUCUUAAUAAAUGGAAGCCUCAUUUAAUGAAACUUCCUCCUCUUCAAAACACACUUAAAUUUGUGAUGCAGUCCAAGAAGUUUUUGCUUGUUCUGGAUGAUGUUUGGGAGGAGGGGAGUACUACCAAAUGGGGGAAUGUGCUCUCCCCUCUGGCUAAGGGAAGUUUGGGAGGUAAAAUUUUGGUAACAACCCGGAUGGAUUCAGUUGCAUCCAUGAUUGCAGAGGUGAUUAGAAAGAAGAAUAAAAUGUUGAGAUUAGAGGGCUUGAAGGAUGAUGACUGCUUGCGACUCCUCAAAACGCAUGCAUUCGGUGUUAAGGAAAACAGUAGCCGUGUGCAUAAUGAGUUAGAGUGCAUUGCUGAAAAGAUAGUUAAAAAGCUUUCCGGUUCUCCCUUGGCAGCAAAGGUCAUUG